AUGAGCGACAAGAACAGCUCCAUCUUUGCUCCGGGCCACAACAGGCUCGAAACGGCGAUUCCAGAGACCUCCUACAAAGCAACAAGAGUCGACCCGAGAGAGCUGUCCGUGACACCAAGACCGACGGAACCGGCCGCAAAUCCAAUUCCGACACCAACUCACACGCUGCAGGCCGACGAGCCACCCUCAGACCGUCUCGAACCGGCACCGAUCACCGCCGUUUUCGACGCCAAGAACCAGCUCGCCUCGCUCAUAAAGAACGCCAAGCUGAACGAGGAAGCCAUCCGGGCCAGAAACGACCGGAUUCGCCACUCGAAACAGCAGUCCAAGGGCCGCUACGGCUGGUGA